CUUGAGGGAGAAUUCUACUGGCUGGACCAACCCCACAGUCUGAGCUAUGAUGAGGCUGUGCAGGCAUGCUUAGAUGAUGAUGCAGAGAUUGCCAAGGUGGGCCACAUAUAUGCAGCCUGGAAACUCAGGGGCUACGAUCGCUGCGAUGCCGGCUGGUUGGCUGACGGUAGUGUGCGCUACCCCAUCUCCAGGCCCCGCAAGAACUGCAGCCCCACAGAAGCUGCGGUGCGCUUCGUUGGAUUCCCAGACAAGAACCAGGUGUCUUACGGUGUUUACUGCUUCAAGGCUGAGCAGGUGCUAUACUGAAUUAGAGAAGUCAUAACUACCAAAGAGCAUCAACAACCACAACAAAUAAAAUCAGUUAUAAAGCAGAUAGGCUUUGGAUUUUAUCUAGCAUGAGCUCAAUACCUUUAUAAAGCUGUGAUAACUCUUUUAACUCCUAAGCCAUUUGUCUAAAUUUACAUUGUAAUGUAUUAGUGAAAUUAAUGGUUGAGAAACAUCAUCUAAGUUUAGUUUGUCUUUCACAGAAUAAUUUCAUUUAUGACAUUCAGGAUUUAAAGCAUUCAUGCUUAUGUGCAGAUGAUACCCGCUGCUUUAACAUUUGUGUAAAGAACAAAACCAUGUGAUAUUUUAUUUUAUUAUGUAUCACAUCAGUGAAAGACUUUAAAUUCAUUACAAUUAUAUAAAUGACUUAGCUAGCACUUAGCUGUAGAUAUUAGUUAUCAGCUGAGCCCCUCCCUUAUCAAAGCUUUUUUUUUCAUUACUUAAACUGCAGCAAUGUUUUUCAACCUGAUGAGCUGUGAUCAAAUUUACUGUUUAACAAAAGAUGAAUGUAUAUGACUCAGUUUUGACCUACUGCCUUUAAAGCCGCCAUUUGAUCAACUCCCACUUACAAUUUGAAAAACAUUUUAAAAAACUUUAUGCAGUAUGUGUGGACAAGUUUUUAAUAUUUUUAAUGAUAUUUGUCACUACAGCUACUGUUUUUAUUAAACAUGUUUAUAAAAAGUCCUGUCUCACGAGUGCCGUUUUGUGAAAAUUUCUAUCUGAUACAUUAAGAAAAGAGUAACGUUCCUACUAGAAAUGAAUACUGCUCUAUGCGUGUGUGCAUAUGUGCUGGCACAAAGUCUGAAAGCGGCAUGUUCUCUGAUGGCACAUGUGCACAGACAUGUAGAGCAAUGCUGCGAUAUUAAAACAAGUAUAAAACAGAAUGGUGGGAAAAAGCCAAAGACUUUUGAUCCAUUUGGCUUUCAAUAAAGACAACAUGCCUUUUCGGCAGCUUUUUGUUACAUUAUCUCUUUCUGCUUUUUCUAAUCCUGAGUACUGACAUAUGGUAGGCCUACUUACUGUGGGUUACAUGUGGUAAUAUGGUGAUACACUGUUUAUAAAUGCAAAGAUUCGAAAUGUCUGUCACUUGUCCAUUUGUAGACACUUCUGCAUGAAACAGGUGAAGAUACAAUAUGUUUGUAUCCUAUCUCCAUGUACCCCUUCGAACACAACAGUUUGAAAUAAACAAUACAACUUAUAAAUUCAA